AACUGGUCUGGUAGGAAGAGUAAAUGCGAAUCUGGGAUUGUCUCUGCGCUCCGUCGUCUACUUGGAAAAGCCUAAGCCUCAUUAUUUCUCACACAAAGAACAACCGUUUAAUCCUUUGAUUUUUGUUCUCUAAGGCAUUAACAUUAGCAAAUCAUUGCAUUCUUUUUGUAUCAGAUCCAUUCUUAACCCUUUAAUUUGAUUGUAAUUCUGAGAGAGAACGAAGGGUGCAGGGACCCUCUGAAUUCUUCUUCUUAUAGCUGCUUCAAAGAUCUAAGUGGUAGAUGGAACUUAAGUGAGAUAUUCAUGAUCCAGGCAAGGUGGCAGGAAGUUCUAAGGAGGGAUCAAGGGAACUUAACAUAUUCAUUUGGAAGGGGUCAUAAAGCACUCAGGGUAGAUUCGCCUACGUUGCAGGAUGCAGAGAAUGGAGUAGAAGUUGUUCCUUUUUUAUUCAAUUGACCCAAUAUUUGCUUCACAAGAUAGAGUGACUAUCCUUGGAAGGUUGGAAAAUGGCUUAUGUUUCAGAAGAAGAGAAAACUGAGGAUUACCUUUUCAAGAUUGUACUGAUUGGUGAUUCAGCUGUUGGGAAAUCAAAUUUACUUGCAAGAUUUGCUAGGGAUGAGUUCUACCCUAAUUCAAAGUCCACCAUAGGAGUAGAGUUUCAAACCCAGAAGAUGGAUAUAAAUGGGAAGGAAAUUAAGGCACAGAUUUGGGAUACUGCUGGUCAGGAGCGCUUCAGGGCUGUUACAUCUGCAUAUUACCGAGGUGCAGUUGGAGCUCUCCUUGUGUAUGAUAUCAGCAGACGACAGACUUUUGAUAGCAUUGGCAGAUGGCUAAAUGAACUUCACACUCACUCUGACAUGAAUGUAGUCACCAUUUUAGUAGGCAACAAGUCAGAUCUCAGGGAUGCCAGGGAAGUAUCCACUGCUGAAGGAAAGGCCUUGGCAGAGGCACAGGGUUUGUUUUUCAUGGAGACUUCUGCCCUUGAUUCCUCGAAUGUAGCAGCUGCUUUUCAGACAGUCGUUAAAGAGAUCUACAACAUAUUGAGCCGGAAAGUUAUGAUAUCUCAUGAGCUCAAGAAGCAGGAUGCUUCAUUGAAUGGGAAGACUGUGGUUUUACAAGGGGAUGACAACCAAGAAUCUGAUAUGGAGGCAAAAAAGGGUGGGUGUUGUUCAUCCUGACGCUUCAGAAAAUAUAAUCGUCUGCUCUAGUCCGUUAUCUGGUUCUCCAGCUUGAAAUUUCCACUGAAGUUCCUGAUAUUUCUUCUUCUCCAUGUGCUCAUUUCUUGAUGCCGUUAAAAUGAUUAUUUGAAUAACAUUUGUUUUACUUGUUCAUGGCUAUCUUAUGGUGGCUGAAGAAGAGACUCUAUGGAUUAGCUAAUGUAAAUGAACUCAAUGUGGGGAUUGAAAGGGAAAAAGAAAAUCAAAUGAUAUUUUUUUUCGCA